AUGCGCGCCACUGUUCUGUCGUUGGGUGCCUUUGCCCUGCUGGCAUCUGCCCACACGUACCCCAACUGCGAGUCAGACAACUGCUACCGCAACCUGAUCGACCAGCGCUUCAUUGGGAAGGCCAAGGCGUGGUGCCCCGAGUUCCUCUCAGGCACUACCACCGCGCCGUCGGCCAUCCCCACAGAGUUCAACAACUGCGACGGCAACGUCAAGGCUGUC